AUGAUGAAGCAUGAGUUAAAAUUUCGCAAACUCAUAAAAGCGAGCUUUGUGCUGCAAGUAGUGGAGUGUCUCUCCGCCAUCCGAGUUCUUUCUAUUCAUAGAGUGGAGCUUUUGAUUCUGUCAACACUGAAAUGGAAGACGCAUCCUGUGACACCACACUCUUUCCUAGAUCAUAUAAUAACAAGGCUUGGUUUGAAAACUAACCUUCAUUGGGAGUUUUUAAGAUGCUGUGAGAACCUUCUUCCAUCUGUACUUUUAGAUUCAAGAUUUGUUGGUUGUGUUCCUUCUGUGUUGGUUACUGCUACAAUGCUGCAUGUGAUAGACCAGACUGAAGAGAGUGAUGAUAAUGGUGUGGACUACAAAAAUCAGCUUCUUAGUAUUCUCAAAAUCAACAAGGAGAAAGUGGAUGAAUGUUAUAAUGCUAUUGUUGAGGUUACCAAUGAAAAUAAUUAUGGUCAUAAACGAAAAUAUGAACAAAUCCAUGGAAGUGCAAGUGGUGUAAUUGAUGCUGUUUUUAGUUCUGAUGGUUCCAUUGAUUCAUGGAAAGUGGGUUCAUCCUCGUAUUCAACCUCAGAGCCUAUUUUUAAGAAAACAAAAACUCAAAGGCAAAAUAGGAAUUUGUCACCUCUUAAUAGGGCCAUUGUUGGAAUUCUUGCCACUGCAGCUACUAACCAUCCAAACCCAUUAAUGUCUGCAACUGCAACAGGAAAUUCAGUUCGGCCAUCCAGCCAGGAAAACCUUUCUUCUACUGAGACAAAAUAA